CAGUGGUGGAAAUGUUGCACACGGGGAGGUUCGACUUUCAGAUGACAUUGACGCUAUGUAGAUGAGAGUGGGCAUUUGUGCUCCAUGUAACAUCUUUAGUCGCUGAUGUUAGGUGGUGGUACAAGGCAUAUCUCCUCUUAUCGGCUCGUCGUCCCCCGUUUCUUCAGCACCACACUUUUGGACAGCACCUCACUCCGAACCACCAGCUCACCUUUUCCAUACGGAUAGUACUUUGUUUCACUUGUCUUUAUGGAAACAUUUGGCUUUGGUUUGCGCAGCUAAAAUUCUACCUAUUCGAUUUAAGGAGGAAUCCACGGAUUGCGCCCGUCACUUGAGAUUUGGCAGGGAAAGCUGUUUAAUUAUUUCUGCCGACCAAGCUUGGGCAACUGACUCACGUAUUUCCACCCGACACGCACUACUAAGUUUGGGCAUCGAACCGCGAAACUGCUGUCUACGUGGACUGGUGCUGAAAUAUUCCAUCCACCUACCAGGACCUCUGCAAAGCCCAGAGACAUGGCGACAAAUGGUACAAAAGCUUCGGAUGGACACGUUUUAACAGAGGUGAACGAAGCGCCUACCACCAAUGAUAAACCAAAAACCUUGGUUGUCAAAGUCCAGAAGAAAAAAGAACUCCCGGACAGGGAAACGUGGGCUGGAAAAUUUGACUUUCUUUUAUCAUGUGUCGGGUACGCUAUUGGACUUGGCAAUGUCUGGAGAUUUCCCUAUCUUUGUGGAAAGAAUGGUGGAGGGGCCUUCUUGAUUCCUUACUUUUUGACGCUCAUAUUUGCUGGAGUACCGUUGUUUCUGCUUGAAACUGCCCUCGGUCAGUACACAUCGAUUGGAGGACUUGGAGUGUGGAAACUAGCUCCUAUGUUCAAAGGGGUCGGCCUGGCGGCAGCAGUUCUUUCUUUCUGGCUUAACAUAUACUACAUUGUCAUCAUUGCUUGGGCCAUUUACUAUCUAUAUAACUCUUUGACGACAGAGCUACCAUGGAAAUCCUGCGACAAUCCUUGGAAUACGGAGAGAUGUUUUUCAAAUUACAGCAUAACAAACUCUGCUAAUAUGACCAGUGCUGUGGUGGAGUUUUGGGAACGUAACAUGCUUCAACUCACUGAUGGUUUGGAAAAGCCAGGGGAGAUCAGAGUGCCACUAGCAAUAACACUAGGCAUUGCUUGGGUCCUAGUCUAUUUUUGUAUCUGGAAGGGUGUGGGUUGGACAGGAAAGGUGGUAUAUUUCUCAGCUACAUAUCCCUACUUUAUGUUAUUGAUUCUGUUCUUCCGUGGCGUUACACUGCCUGGGGCUAAAGAGGGCAUUUUGUUCUAUGUCACACCUGACUUUGAGAAGCUGAAAGAGUCGGAGGUGUGGCUUGAUGCUGCCACUCAGAUUUUUUUCUCCUAUGGACUGGGCCUUGGGUCUCUCAUUGCCCUCGGGAGCUACAACCCCUUUAACAACAAUGUAUACAAGGAUUCAGUCAUCGUCUGUUGCAUCAACUCCUUCACCAGCAUGUUCGCUGGAUUUGUCAUUUUCUCUAUUGUUGGUUUUAUGGCUCACAUAACUAACAGGCCUAUUGCUGAUGUGGCUGCAUCAGGUCCUGGACUGGCCUUCUUAGCUUACCCAGAGGCUGUCACCCAGCUGCCCAUUUCACCUCUUUGGGCAAUAUUGUUCUUUUCCAUGCUGCUUAUGCUUGGAAUAGACAGCCAGUUCUGUACAGUAGAGGGUUUCAUUACUGCUUUGGUGGACGAGUUCCCUCGCAUACUACGAGGACGGCGAGAGAUCUUCAUUGCUGUCGUCUGUAUCGUGUCUUAUGUGAUCGGCCUGUCAAACAUCACACAGGGUGGUCUGUAUGUAUUCAAAUUGUUUGACUACUACUCUGCUAGUGGAAUGUGUCUGCUGUUCCUGGUCUUCUUUGAGUGUAUCUCCAUAUCCUGGUUCUAUGGUGUCAAUAAGUUCUAUGGCAAUAUUGAAGAGAUGAUUGGAUACAAACCUUGCAUUUGGUGGAAACUGUGUUGGGUCGCUUUUACCCCUUUGAUUGUAGCUGGUGUGUUCCUGUUUAGUGCAGUUCAGAUGGUUCCUCUCACCAUGAAUAAUUACGUGUUCCCAAAGUGGGGACAGGGUGUAGGCUGGUGCAUGGCUUUGUCAUCCAUGGUCCUCAUUCCAGGGUACAUGGGUUAUAUGUUCCUGACAUUAAAAGGCUCUUACAAAGAGCGUCUCCGGAUAAUGACUCAGCCUACAGCAGUUGUCAAAAGCCAAGAAAAUGGUCCAGAGCAUCAACCUGAGAACUCCACCCCAGCCAAUGACGAGGCUUAUAUUUAAGAUCCUGGGUAUCCAAGACCGACUCUCAUUCAGAAAAAAAGAAACGUAAUCAUGGUUGAACACGGCCAAGGACGUUCAUGUCUAAAAUAUAAUCACCUACCUCCAGGGGGAAAAUGUGGCCAACCAGAUUACAGCUGUUUGACUUUCUUGGUGUAUGUAUGAAAAUAAGCACAAACUAUCCGGCAACGAUCUAGUGCUAGUUUGUAUUUCAUAUGCAAGAUAUUAGUCUUUCCAAAAUAUAACAAUGUAACUACUACUAUAAUUUGAGAUUGGAGGCCCAAUGUGAUUGCACACUACUGUGCUCUCUCUCUCUCUCUCUCUCUCUCUCUCUCUCUCUCUCUCUC